AUGAGCGCUGAAGAAUUUCUGGCCAAUGUUGAAAGCGGUAUCGUGCCUGUGAUCUGUCAUAAGGAUGUCUUACGGAUCGCAUUCAUCUAUCUGGAUGAGGGGCUAUGGGCCGACAACGGGGUGUUCGAUUUGGUGGAGAAGCUACACGCGCAUGGCUGGUCCUUUGGUGCGGGCGAGUUACGCUUUAAUCGUACCCUAGAUCGCUCCUACUACUCCACCCAAUUCCUCGCCCAGCGCACAACAUCGCGCUUAUACCGCCUGCCCGAUCUCCAGGACCUCCCCGACUCCUCUUCCCCGCUAUUAGUCGCGCAGGGAAAGUAUGAUAUACACGGGUUAGAAGCAGAGUACCUCGCACAGGUAUCAGGGGGAGAGGUUACCGAGGGAGAUGGCGAGUUGGAGCAGGAGGAAGAGGUCGGAAGUGAGGAGGAGGCGAAGUUCCUAGCCGCCGUUGCGGUGGAGGAGACAAUUGGACUAGGACUAGAAGGAAUGGAGAUGGAUGAGUUAGACCUUUCGAUCCGGUCACAUAUACUACUAGCGGUCAUGCAGGCUGCGGUGAAGGACAGGCAGGAGAGAGAACGUUUCCUAGGGGAGCUAGAGAGGCGGAUAGUGCAGAAGGGGAGAAUUGACGAGGAGAGGGCAGGGAGGUGGACCAAGGAGGCCUUGAAGAUCAUGGAGCCCUAUAUACGCAUAUGGCAGGGUGUGUGGCCUGGUACAGAGGAGAAGGGGGGAGAUGCUGCGGCGCAUCUUGGUGGAGAAUGCGCAGCUCUUUGCACGCUGAAGGGUGUCACCUCUUUCGAAGCAGUUCGCUUUUGA